AUGACGACAGCGCCGGUCAGAGAGCCGGAGCAACCGACUCAAACAGAAAGUGAAAUGGAUUCAGGUCUUGGUUCGAGGGUCUCGGAGGCUCCAGGCUCCGUCCAGCUGCAGAGAUCUCAGCAUCUCUUCCAGCUGUUUCUGACAGACGCUGCUGCUGGUCUCCAUUUCUCCCAAGAUGCAUUGGGUGACCUUUGCACCAGCAGCCUUCCCUACAACAAGGCGGACUUCCAGCAGUUAUUCAGGCCCAGCGGAGCCCUAAAACCGUCCCCCAAGAGGAAACCACCAGAGAGGAAGGUUUAUAGACCAGCUCCGAGACCUGCAGAGGGAUUCAGGACUUCAGUGCCUUGGCUCGAGCUGCAGAUGGUUGAUUCCUGCAGGAGAACCAGUCUGAAGAGGGCUUCAGGUUUAUCGAAACCAGUUCACAAGGUGGCUCAGAGAGACCAGGACCAGAUCUUGUUGGAUAAGUGUUCAAAGUAUCACAAAAACCUGCAGGGCUGGUCCUCUACAGCCCCACAGAGGAGGACCGACCUAGACAGGAGGGUCACACCCACCCACACUUCCACAGAGAGCCUAAAGACGGGCCUGACUGACCCUGCAGACCAGGUCCAGACUGCAGCCAGCAGACCACCACAGACAGAUUCUGCAGCUCCAGAUGUCGACAGCUGGUUGGCUGCACACUGUUCAACUCUGGAAGGAGAGCAGAGUCAGAGGCUCAUCCAGAGACUAGUAGCACAACUCUUCGUCGGCCAGGAAGACGAGCCCGAUGCCCAGGACCAGCCCCUAAAGAGCUCAGACCAACCCCCAAAGAGCUCGGACCAGCCCCUAAAGAAACUCGGACCAGCCCCUAAAGAGCUCAGACCAACCCCUAAAGUUCUUGGACCAGCUCCUAAAGAACUCGGACCAGCCCCUAAAGAACUCGGACCAACCCCUAAAGAGCUCAGACCAACCCCUAAAGAGCUCGCACCAACCCCUAAAGAGCUCGCACCAGCCCCUAAAGAGCUCAGACCAACCCCUAAAGAGCUCGGACCAGCCCCUAAAGAACUCGGACCAGCCCCUAAAGAGCUCGGACCAGCCCCUAAAGAGCUCGGACCAACCCCUAAAGUUCUUGGACCAACCCCUAAAGAGCUCGGACCAACCCCUGGACACCCAGCUGCUGGUUUCAGUGCUGCUCCACUUCAGCAGCCGGACGCCACAGGGAGCCAUUGCAGAUGGCCUGAAGAGCCACAUGUGGCUCCGGAGCCGCAGACUCUGGUGCGCUCCCUGCUGGCAGAGCAGCUGAACAGCUCGUCAUGGAGAUGCCGACUGACGUCCUGUCAGACUCUCUGCCGCCUCAGAGGACCCCUGAACAAGGACGUCAUGGACAAGCUGACCCACCUGAUGUAUGACGACCGCAAGGAGGCGGUCCGCCGCGCCGCUGCAGAGACGCUCCUGAAGCUGGGGAACAAGCACCGCCUUCACACUGACUUAAGGUUAAAGCUGGAGGGGGGGCGGGGCCUCCGGGGCAAGAUGGAGGCUCUGGAUGUGAUUGGACACCUGAAGUUGAUGACGGCAUCGCUGCGGGAGCCUCUCAUCAGCUGCUUCAGUGACGAGGUCGCUGCAGUCCGUAGACAGGCCUGUGAGACGGCGGCAAGUCUGCUGCUGAUCGAUGAGACGGUUGAGAGUUGCCUGCUGCAGCUGGUGGAGAACGAUGCGGCUGCAGAGGUUCGACUGUCGGCCAUCAGAGCUGUGGGUGCGUUGGGUUUGUCUUCCCUGGAAGUGCAGGAGACGCUGCUGCGCUGUGUGGAGACUGAGGAGGAGGCGGAGCUACGUCUGGCUGCGUGCCGCCUGCUGCAGAGCUGCGGCACGCCCUCGGACCAGCUGCGACACUGCCUGCUGCAGCAAGUCCACACAGAGUCCAACUGGAAAGUCCGCAGGGCGAUGCAGGAGCUGCUGCAUCUCUGUGAGCCGCAGGAGGAACACAGUGACACUCAGUACAAGCUGCAGGUGCUGUGUGAGUCGUCAGUGAUCACAGAGAAGCUGCUGCUGCUGGAGAAGCUGCAGGUCGGAGGUCAGAGGCUUCGCCCCGCUGCGUUAGCCCGACGGCUGAGUCGGCAAUACAUGAUCAAUAACCCUCAGACAGCUGAUCAGCACUGAUCAUCUAUCUGGAUCCUUUUAAAUGAAUAAAGGUUCUGUUUCUGGAUGCUUACUUACUAUUACUAUAAUAGUAUAAAAAAUAUUUUUUUCAUGCCUUAGAACUGUUAAAACAUGCUUGAAAUAUUUUUAGAUCAAUUUAAAGUCGAUAUCACGGCUACGUCACUGGUAGUUGCGUGUGCAGACUGGUGCCAAAAAAUUUGGAGGAAAAUAGACAAGUGCUGCCUGUGCCAUUGGAUGUCAGAACAGAAAAAAAUAAAAUAAGUGUUCAUUCAUAUUUUGCUGUCCAAAAACAGAAUAAAGUCAAACUAUAGAAUGAAUGAAAUGCUUCAAAUGGGUCAAUUAUACUCUGAUACAUGUGGUAGUAUAGUUCAUCCUAAAAUAGCUAAAAAUCACCAUAUAAUGGUAUGUCCAAAAAUUUUAAAAUGCCUUAAAAUG